AUGCGGAGCCUGUUCACUCCCCCGCGCGGCCGCGGCGACCGCGGUGUCGGCGCCGCGCUCGCGCCCUCCCCGCGCGUCGUCGUCUCCGCGCGCGCCGUCGUCGUCUGCGUCCUCGCGUCGAUGCCGCUUCUGCUUCGAUGGUACGCGCGAAGUCUCGAGACUUCCACCGAGGAGACGACGAGCCUCGCUGUCAGGGUCGCGGGAGAAUUCGCGGGGGGAGCGCGCGCCACCGCGGACUGGUCGUCAUAUGAUCGCGGUCACGAGGACGAUGCCGCCGCGGCGAGAACGACGGCGUCGGCGUCGCGCGAGAAGGAGGAGACUGAGGCCGCGGAACGCGCGCGGAGAGCCGAGCUGAGCGCGCGCGCGGAGCGAUGGUUCCACGGCGCCGAACGCCUCGCGGACGCCGUCACCGCGGCGUCUUCCUCGUCAUCGUCCUCUAUGGGUGGUGGCGACGCUUCUUUGGAGUCGGCACCGGACGACGCGGACACGGACGCAGCGCCUCCGGACGUGAAAGUCGUCGUCGCGACGACGACCGCGGACGCGCCCGACAGCGUCCUGCGCUGGGCAGCUUAUCACGCCGCGCUCGGCGUGGACGCUUUUUUUUUGUUCCUUGAGGGCGCCGCCGCGACGCCCUCGAAUGUGAAGGCCCUACGCGAAACGGCCGCACGGAAUGCGUUAUCAAUGAUGAUAUGGACGCCGUCGAGGGAGCUGAACGAGACGCGCGCUGCGUCGAGGGCGUGGAACGAGAAAUGGCUCGCGAAUUAUUUCGACAAGCCAUGCAACAACGAGCUUUUCGUGCGACAGUCGCUGAACAUGGAGAUCGCGAUCGCGGCGGCGCACCGCGCACGGCCGACGUCGGUUUCGAAACGCGAGGGCUCGAAGGGGAACUCGAACUCGAAGCCGAAACUGAAACCGCCGAAACCGUCGUUCGAUUGGAUCGUCCAGAUCGACACGGACGAGCUCCUGCACCCGGCGGGCGCGAAGAACGGUUUCGGGAUAAAGUCACUCCUCGCAUCGCUCCCCCCGGACGUGGACCAGCACGUGUUUCCAAACUACGAGGCGUGCCCGGAAGAUUCGUCCGUGCGCGACCCGUUCGUCGACGUCACGCUGUUCAAAAAGUCGUACUCGCACGUGUCCAGAGACGCGUACAUGGAGGAAUACGCGACCGUCACGCGGGGAAACCCGAAUUACUUUUUGACGUACGCGAACGGCAAGAGCGCCGCGCGCGUGAUCCCAGGUUUACGCCCGAACGGCGCGCACCGGUUUUACAACUACGGCGGAAAACCGAAAGAGACGACCGCGACCGAGGCCGCGGUGCUGCACUUCACGUACACGAUGUUCGAUGACGUCUUGAAACGAAAGGCGCGGUGCGAGUGCCCCGGGGACGGCUCAGACGAGGCGCUGCAGAAGUGUUUCAUCCUGGAUUUCGAUCGCACGUUGUACAAGAUGUGGGACGAGUCGUCUGAGGAGACGAUGCGGCGGUUUUGGGGUGAGCGCGUCGUGUACGGCGACGCGGACGUCGUGAUGUCGCUCCUCGCGAGAGGGCUGUUCGCGAGAAUAUACACACCACGUGUGUUGAUGCGCGCGGUGAUGGAAGAAGGAGGAGGAGGAGAGGCGAAGGCGGAAAGGAAAAAAAAACGCGGGGAAACUGGCGGGAAUCCCGGGAGAAUCUGGGAUACCCGGGACAGGGACGGAUCGUAGCAGCGUAGUCGUAGACGUAUGUCAAAGGCACUACCACACAGACACGCG